UACUCUUGUGAUUCGUUGCAUGAAGGGGGAAGAAUGUUUUGAUUUGACCACCAUCCUUUUAAGAUUCAGCAAUGUCGAAUAGCGCAUUUGGCCCAGUUUUGAGUUCAGGCAUUGGUAUGCCCAAUAUUAUAAAUAGUAGUAGUAGUCAUAAUAGUAGUAGUAAUAAUAAUAUUCCAUCAAUGAAAGACGAGCAUACCACCGCUUUAGGCUUAAAAGCUAUUUAUGCAGCUUGUCGAGUGUUGUAUCCUGACCAGCCGACUCCGUUACAAGUAACAGCUGUUCGAAAAUUUUGGAUGGGUGGACCAGAUCCCCUGGAUUUUAUUAAUAUGUAUGCAAAUCCUGGUUCUGUGGAAUUACAAAGUCCUUCACACUGGCAUUAUGUAACUAAUGGUUUAUCUGAUUUAUACGGGGAUUCAAGGUUACACAGUCAUUCUAAUACAACUGAUGGUCCUAGCGGUUUCGGUUUCGAGUUAACAUUUCGUGUAAAACGUGAACCUGGUGAGACAAAUCCACCAACCUGGCCAGCUCAUUUAUUACAAAGUCUUGCACGUUAUGUAUUCUAUUCACAAGCUCAAUUAAUGGCUGGUGAUCAUAUCCCCUGGCCUACAUCAUUAGAUAAACAACCGAAUUCAGCGCAACAAUCUGAGAAACGACAGCCUCAUCAUCCUUCUCAACAACAACAACAACGGACAGAUAAGCAAAUCAAUACAGAAGAACUGGAAAAUGCUAGAAAAUCGAUUGCUAUGGCAGCUGCAGCCACUGCAACGUCUAUCUUAGCUGCUAAUAGUGCUAAAACAGGAAUGACAGCGUCAACAUCAGCUACUCUGUCGGCAUUGACGAAUCCAUCAACGUAUGCAUCAAUGGUUGCAGCGGCUUUAGCUGCUGUCUAUAAUAAUAAUAACAACAAUAACAGUAGCUCUUCAUCAGCGAACAACACUUCAGAGGAUACUACAGUUAAAGAAAAACAAUCAGGCAAUAAUUCAUCAAGUUCACGUAUACAUCAUAUGCUGUUAAUUGAAGAUCCUCAGUUGAAAAAGAUAACAACACCAUAUGGUUAUGUUCAAUUCUUACAGUUGGUUGGAUUGUGCGACGAAGAAUUACGUUUAGUACAACGAUGGACUGGUUCACAUGUCGCUGAACUGAUGAGUUGUUCCAUUGCAACUGGUGGUGGUCGCCUUGUAACAGAUAUGAGAAGAAAUUUAAGUCUAUUUGAAUUACAACCAAAUUUAGUGGAUUAUAUCAAUGAAAAGUUGAAACGUGAAGGUUCUAAUUUAUCCGGUGUUACUACAUCAUAUUUCGCUUGGUCACCUAUUACAUUGUCAGCUUUAGGUGAACUCCUUCCUGGUGAGUUGGAAUCACGUCGUUUACGUCGUCAAACACAGAAACAUGACUGCCCUUCACCGUCAGCAUCGUUAUCAACGAGUUGUUUGUAUACGUCGAAAACGAGUGGACAAUCAUUGUCUAAAUCGAUUUUAUUCCCUAAUUAA